UACAGUGUAAGCGUGCAUUGUCAUCCGAUUUGUCUUGUUUAUUUUCUGUAAAGUUUACCAAAUUUCGCACAAAACGGGCUCACAAACCUUAAAAACCGCGUUUCUCGACCUGCUACAAGGACGCCGCCACUUCUACAGGCUAAUCUCCAGCGUCCGUCACGCAUCCGGCUUAAUCAUGUCAGCGGAAAAUUCCGAAACUCCGCCGAUGCUUCAGCCAGAAACAACAACAGCGCCCUCGGCCCAGGGCGAGGAAUCCAACUCGUCCGGCUUCCGGCAGAUGACGCUCGACGGCGCUUCCGGACACAGCGACAGCAACCACAGCUCGUUGGACCACAAUCCGGCGACGAUGAGCGCGCCCCCGGAUUUUUCCCAGUUCGACGACAGCGAGGACGAGGACCACUAUCAGGGCGUAAGCGGAUCGGACAGCACGAUCAGUAUUGAGCGAAUCCGCCAGUACUUGUCGGAUAAACUUGGCUUUUAUAGUUCGGACAGCUACGACGAAAAGGAUGGCGCUCCGCGGAAGCAGCGGGUCCUUGAGACGGUGGACAUCGACGGGGUGAUUAAGCACUGGAAAAACGGCGGCUUUAAGAAGAUUGUUACGAUGGUCGGCGCGGGAAUAUCCACUUCGGCUGGCAUUCCCGACUUUCGAUCUCCGACAACUGGUCUGUACAAUAACAUGAAAAAAUACAAUCUGCCGUAUCCGCAGGCAAUCUUCGAGCUGGAAUACUUUUACCAGAACCCAAAGCCUUUCUUCCGGCUUGCUAAGGAAUUGUACCCGGGUAACUUUCGACCGACUCCGUCGCACUACUUUGUAAAGUUGCUCGAACAAAAGGGCUUGCUGAUUCGGCAUUAUACUCAGAAUAUAGAUACUUUGGAACGGAUCGCCGGUAUCAGCGAGGAGAAGCUUGUGGAGGCGCACGGCACCUUCUUCACCAAUCACUGCUUGCAGUGUAAAACGGCAUACUCGCUGGACUUUGUAAAGGAGAAAAUCUUUGCCGACGAGGUUCCAACCUGUAGCUGCGGCGGGGUCAUCAAGCCGGACAUUGUAUUCUUUGGCGAGGGUCUUCCCGAACGUUUCCACGUGCUACCCCAUCAGGACUUUUCCCAGUGUGACUUGCUGAUCAUCAUGGGCACGAGUCUGACGGUGCAACCGUUUGCUUCGUUGGUCGAGUACGUGAACGACGACUGCGUGCGGCUGCUCAUCAAUCGCGACAAGGUCGGCGGCGGCGGGUACGGCUUCUUCCGCGCGAUGAUGUUCGGCGAGGGGCUGUGCUUUGACCUGCCGGGAAAUCGCCGGGACGUGGCCUGGACCGGAGACUGCGACGACGGGUGCUUCUUCCUGGCGGACAAGCUUGGACUUGGGGACGAACUCCGCGAGCUGAUCGAACGAGAGCAUGCCAAAAUAGACCUGGAACAUCCCCCUCAGGGCGCAACCGUCGCCGUCGCAACUGCCGGAACAUCAGCGACGGCGAGUGUCGCUGCGGAAAGCGAUCCCGAGGGACCGGAGAAAUGCGCCGCAAUCGACGCCAUCUUCGAGGAGGCUUCCAAGGAGGUCACGGAAAAGAAUAUCGAAGAUUAGAGCUUGCUGGUAGCAAGUAUGACGACGACGACGGGUACAAAACGGAAGAUUAAAAAUUGUAGCAAAAGAUACCUUUGCCACCAUUAAUGUUAAGGGAGACACAGUUUAAGGGCAACACCAACAAGGACGGAGCGCGCAGAAUAGUGAGGGCCAAGUUUAUAAAAUUUUCAAUUGAACACAAGUAGAAAUAUUAACCAAUCAAACACGUAGCGAGAGCUUUUAACAGCGUUGACAAUGAUGAUGGAUAUUUGUCAGAAUUUGAGACGUUUCGGACUGACAAAGCAAACCACAGUAGAAUGUUGUAAUUGUGAAACUCACUUUAAAGUAGUUCGUUUUAAUUAAGCCGAUUCUGCUUUGUAUGCUUUACGCCAAUUUUACGAAUCGAGCAAUAGUAGACGAGUAGGUGUUUGCGGAAAAGGAAAACACAACAGCAAGAUAACCACAUUAUUGACGAUAAGAGAAUAAAUUAUUAUCCUGGGAAA